GUCAAUACAUAAGUAAGAAGUGAUUCAAAUUUCUUUAAAGUCAUGACAUCUCUACUUCAAGCUUCUGUUUUAUUUUUAUUAAUAUCCAUAUGUCGAGCAGAAAAACCUUCAAUGGAACCAGAAGGUUCUGAGAUCGCAUUAAAUGAAGGCGAACGAUUGCUCAUUAAAUGCCACAGUAAUCAAGAAAUGAACUUUUACACUAAAUUAGAUCACCCUGAUAAAGCGUCUGAUAGCGAUGAAGAAUCUGCAGGAAUAGGCGAGGGCUCAGUUACACUGAGUUUCGAAAAAACAUCAGUUGUUCCAGAGGAUAGUGGAUGGUACGGUUGUGCAGUUAAGGGGGUUACAAUAGAUAUAGAAACAUUGGAUCAGCCAGAAGUUAAAUGGAUUUACGUUGGCGUUAAACCUAAGAAGCCUUCAAUGGAACAAUCAGGACCAAUUCUUAAUUUAAUUGAAGGCGACGAAUUGUUUAUUAAAUGCCGUAGUUAUCAAGACAUGACUUUUUACACUAUCCUAGAUAAACCUGGCCAAGAGUCUCAAAGUACUGAAGAAGGUACUGCAAUCUUUGAGGGUGCAUACACACUCGCUUUGAAAAAAAAGUCAGUUGUCCAGGGUGACAGUGGAUGGUAUGGUUGCGCAUACAGUGAUGUAAAAGUUGAUACAAGUAAUCAUGAUCAGCCGGAAGUUAACUGGAUUAACGUUAUCGUUAAACCUAAAGCUUGAUCCAAUCACACAAACGUAUGAUUUUAUUCCAAAUUAACUGGAAGUUUCAUAAAUAUUUUAAAUUGGUCCUCAAGAAUUAUUGAAUACUGGUUUUAAUUAUUCACAAGUUUCUAAAUUCUCAAGAAAAUUAU